UGGCGGCCAAACGCGGGCUUUUUCUAUCUAGCACGGAGUCCGAGUGCCCCAAGGAAACUAGUCCCCGUGCCUUUUUCCGGCACGCGAAUAACCGUCAUUGUGUGUUAACGGAAAGGGUCCGGCGGGAAACUUUGGCACCGCGGCGAAGGAGCCGGCAGAACUUGGUUCCCGCGCGGAUGCUGGGGCUGUGAGGCGUUGUGAGGUGGAUCUGUUGCGGAUCUCAGAAGGACGCUGGGGCUUGUCUUCCUCCGCUGCCGCUAUGAUUCCGGUGUCGCUGCUGCUGGUGGUGGUGGGUGGUUGGACUGCCAUCUACCUGACCGACUUGGUGUUGAAGUCAUCUGUUUACUUUAAGCAUUCUUAUGAAGACUGGCUGGAAAACAAUGGAUUGAGCAUCUCCCCCUUUCACAUAAGAUGGCAAACUGCAGUUUUUAAUCGUGCCUUUUACAGUUGGGGACGACGGAAAGCAAGGAUGCUUUACCAAUGGUUCAAUUUUGGAAUGGUGUUUGGCGUAUUUGCCAUGUUUAGCUCUUUUUUCCUCCUUGGGAGAACACUGAUGCAGACUUUGGCACAGAUGAUGGCAGACUCUCCCUCUUCUUAUUCUCCCUCCUCUUCCUCCUCCUCCUCCUCCUCCUCCUCCUCUUCCUCUUCUUCCUCUUCCUCCUCUUCCUCCUCCUCUCUUCAUAGUGACCAGGUGUUGCAAGUUGUGGUUCCUGGUAUAAAUUUACCUGUCAGUCAGCUGAGCUACUUCUUCGCCGCAGUCCUCAUUAGUGGUGUUGUACAUGAAAUUGGACAUGGUAUAGCUGCUAUUAGGGAACAAGUUCGAUUUAAUGGCUUUGGAAUUUUUCUCUUCAUUAUAUAUCCUGGAGCAUUUGUUGAUCUGUUCACCACCCAUUUACAACUUAUAUCACCAGUCCAACAACUAAGGAUAUUUUGUGCAGGUAUAUGGCACAAUUUUGUUCUUGCCCUCCUGGGUAUUUUAGCUCUUGUUCUCCUCCCUGUAAUUCUCUUGCCAUUUUACUACACUGGAGUUGGGGUGCUUAUCACUGAAGUUGCUGAGGACUCACCUGCCAUUGGACCCAGAGGUCUUUUUGUGGGAGACCUUGUCACUCACCUGCAGGAUUGUCCUGUUACUAAUGUGCAAGAUUGGAAUGAAUGCCUAGACACCAUUGCUUAUGAGCCACAAAUGGGCUACUGUAUAAGUGCAUCAACAUUACAACAACUAAGCUUCCCAGUUAGAGCAUACAAACGACUAGAUGGCUCUACUGAAUGCUGUAACAAUCACAGCCUCACAGAUGUGUGCUUCUCCUACAGAAAUAAUUUUAAUAAGCGUUUGCAUACAUGUCUACCUGCCCGGAAAGCAAUUGAAGCUACUCAAGUUUGUAGAACUAAUAAAGAUUGUAAAACAAGCUCAAGUUCAAGUUUCUGUAUAAUACCAUCUUUGGAAACUCACACUCGCUUAAUAAAAGUGAAACAUCCCCCUCAAGUCGAUAUGCUAUAUGUAGGACAUCCACUGCAUCUUCACUACACAGUGAGCAUCACAAGUUUUAUCCCACGUUUCAAGUUUCUAAGCAUAGAUCUGCCAGUGAUUGUGGAAACAUUUGUCAAGUACCUGAUUUCCCUUUCCGGAGCUCUAGCUAUUGUUAAUGCAGUACCCUGCUUUGCUUUGGAUGGUCAGUGGAUUUUAAACUCUUUUCUGGAUGCUACCCUUACCUCAGUGAUUGGGGACAACGAUGUCAAAGAUCUGAUAGGAUUUUUCAUCUUGCUUGGUGGCAGUGUACUUUUGGCUGCCAAUGUGACACUGGGACUCUGGAUGGUUACAGCACGGUAAUAUUUAUUUUCAGCCAGUAGAAUCUCUGAGUUACAGCUAAGUGGUAAUAUCUAUUGCCAUUGAGAUUUUCACUUGGUGUGAAAUGUAAAGUUGUUUUCUUAGAACAUCUUGACAAGCAUCUUUGAAUUCCUCCUAUAUCCAGAGAAUCUAAACUCUGGUAGAGAAUGAGUGGAAGAAAUGAAAGGCAUAACUCCUUAUUACAUUCUGGUUUUCAAGACUGAAUGUGCAAACUUCUAGUGUGUGUGAAACAAUUUGUAAACAAGUGAAAAUUCAUUCAUUCAUUCAAUGUAAUACCAUUUUGUGUGCCCAUAGCAUUUUGAAAUAGUAUAACGGAAAGCAGAAUUGGAUGGGAAAACCUUUUGUGGGUGUGUAUGUGUGUGUGUGCAUGUGUAUGUGUGUGUGCGUGUGUGUACAUGAAUGUGUGUGUGCGUGAGUGUGUGCGUGUGUGUGUGUGUGUAGUACUGAGGUUUGAAACCAGGGCCUCACUUAUGCUAUGUAUGCUAAGCAAGCCCUGUACCACUGACCUAUACCCGAGCCCCAGGUAACAUUUA